AUGGAGCAGGUGAACGCAUGUGAUGACGAAAGGGUCGUACAAAUCACUGAUAUGACAUUAGAAAAAAGUUUACCGUGGUUUACAAGAGUAGUCAAUGACGUCACGAAUAAGGGUCCAAUAGAAUCGGCGAAAUGUUUUGCGUCCUUGGAGUGGGACUUAGGAUUACCCAAUGAGAGCUUCGUGAAAAACAAUGUUAUCAGUGCUUUUGUU